CAAUCGGCAGCUAAACAUUUAAUGGAAAACCCACGGAGAUGCUGGUGGGACUGGCUUUGUGAUUUGAAUUUUAACUGUGGUUUCCAUUUUAUCAUUGAAUUGCGAGAUGGGGAUCAAUGCAUCAAACACGGCUGAUACAGUGCAACAUUUUGGCUGCACUAUGCAGUACCGCUAUUCCCAUGCAGAUUUAAUUGGAAAGGGAUCGUAUGGCGCUGUUUACAAAGCCAGAGUUGUAAAACGUGGCGAUUAUCUUGGAGGAAAUUUGGUAGCGGUGAAAGUUAUGCAAAUCUGUAUUCCUCGUGAAAAUUCUGAUCCUGAAAGCUUGCUGAAAGUCGCUCAAAGGCUGAAGAAAAUCACCGAACUCACCCACGAGAAUCUCGUUGCUUAUCAUAAAGUGUCCAUCAUUAAAGCUUCGAUCGGAGCCACCGUCGAACUCGCAAUGAAUUAUCACGAAGGGGAUCUAAGGUUGUUCCUGAGCGAAGCCCAACAAAACAAAAAUCUGUUAAAUAGUUAUAAAAAGUUGGCCCAGUACGUGGCAUGCAUAGCUCGAGGACUGGACUUCCUGCAUCAGAAUGGAAUAAUUCAUGGGGACCUGAAACCCGAAAAUAUCCUAGUCGAUGUCGCGGAAGAUGGUCGCAAAACACUGUUGAUCAGUGAUCUAGAUGACAUAAUUCAAAUGCGGGAAAGCGCAACCUGUUCUGCUGACAUUACGCAGUUACGCGGCACGCCGCGCUAUAUGUCCCCGGAAAUGCUGAAAAAAUUUGCCCAGCAAGCAACAGAGACACCUGGACCAAUGACCGAUCUUUGGAGUUUUGGAUGCAUAAUUCUGGAGAUGAAUCAAGUAUUAAGUUGCUUGCAAAAAGAUAACUACAAUAUUAAGUGGCCUCAAACACGACUCGUCAAAGAUGGGAUUAUUGUAUGGGAUUUUCUUACGGAUGCCCAAUAUGUUGUAAAGAUAAUCGAUGGUUACGUGCCGUUUGUCAGCAACGACAAUGCGCUAUAUUUAUCCGAUCUUAUCCAAAAGUGUUUGCAGCCGAUUGCUUCUAACAGAAUAGCCUUAAAGCAAGUACUGAAGGAGCUGCGCAUAAAACACUUGAUAGCGUUUUUCUUUUUUCCUUAUGGUUCUCAAUUGAUUUUAUUCGAUCCUGCAACUCAUUCUUUAUACACACUAAAAAGGGUCCCUAUACGAUCAAGAUUCGUUGGCUUCGCUGUAGUGUCUAGGCGGCAAACUGCAGAAAAAGAAAUCGUAUUCUUUCAACGGCUACGCCAUCCAAACGGCCGCAUUGUGAAGUUGCGUCUUUGGAAUGUAGGCGAAGGAACGUGGCGUGAAAUAACGCCUCCCGAGGACGUACGUCUUGACCAACGCUUGAUGGUGGUGAACGGCAAAUGUUAUUUCUGGGACCACAACGGCCAUUUCACUGUAAUGGAUACUUACACUGGAGGGAUUGUAUCUAGGAACAGCUCGAAUGCGGAAAUAAGCGCUGACUUUUCCCUCUCAGCAGUGGCGAUUUGUGGUGAGCGGAUAUUUUGUGCCACACCGUCCAGCUUGCACCGAUACGAUACGGUUAGAGACGAAUGGCAAUCCUUACAAAAGUUGCCAAAUCGGCGAACGGACUUUGCAAUGGCUGUGGUCAAUGGGUACGUUUACAUUAUGGGCGGACUUAUGGAUGCAGCGGUUUCCAGUGCAUCAGCUGACUGCAUUCGUGUGGACGUGGAAAGGGGCACAUGGGAAGCGAUAGCCUCAUUACAGCAGCCGCGAUAUCGCCAUGCUGCUUGCGUUAUUAAGGAUCGAAUUUAUAUUUGUGGCGGCAGCCACUCUACGAAAGCACAUGCGCUUACCAUAGAGUUUUACGAUACCAAGGCUAAUGUAGAAUGGUUAACCGUCAAUCUGUCGGAAAAGGACAUCGACCUCUUGGACGUGGCGUCCAAAUGCAGUCACCCAUGGGAAGUUAUUAACGCUAUGUCGAUUUGGCUGGAUGGGGACGUUGCUCCAGACGCUCAAAUUACUCAAUAGACCAAGCUUUUUAACGUGCGCUUCGCAGACCCGUAUUAAUACGGCUACGUCUAUGACCUUUACGAUAAACUGCA